GGGUUUGUGAUUUGUAGCUUCUCUAGUUAAUAUGAAAUGUAAAAUUGUGAUGAAUUUUGAUUAUAUUUGGAGAUUUUGUUACCAAUUUGUUGGAGUGAGAGACCAUCUUGCGAUCGUCCUCUUACUUCUGUGACGUGCAAGAUUCAUGGUUAAUGAGGAUUUGCAGGCUUUAAAGGAGUCGUUCAACUUCUAGGAUGGAUUUUGAAAGUCUUUCAAAGUUGGAUCCAAGGACCCUGACUUUGCUAGGGGCAGCAUGCUGUGUGAUGCUAACAAUGCAUUUCACUGUCCAGUUACUCUCUCAGCACCUCUUCUAUUGGAAAAACCCAAAGGAGCAAAAGGCCAUAAUCAUCAUCAUACUUAUGGCCCCUAUUUAUGCGAUUAAUUCCUUUGUUGGCUUGGUAGAUAUUCAGGGGAGCAAACCUUUCUUCAUGUUCUUGGAUGCUGUUAAAGAAUGCUAUGAGGCCUUGGUUAUCGCCAAGUUCUUGGCUUUAAUGUAUAGUUAUUUGAACAUAUCAAUUAGUCAGAACAGAGUGCCAGAUGAGAUAAAGGGAAGAGAGAUCCACCACUCAUUCCCAAUGACUCUUUUUCAGCCCCGUACAGUCCGCCUAGAUCAUCACACAUUGAAGCUCCUCAAGUAUUGGACAUGGCAGUUUGUCAUCAUCCGCCCCAUCUUCUCUUUUCUGAUGAUACUCUUUCAAGUUCUUGGGCUUUACACUGGUUGGAUUAGUUGGGCCAUAUCAAUUAUACUAAACAUCUCUGUCUCCUUGGCUCUCUAUUCCCUAGUGGCAUUUUACCAUGUUUUUGGGAAAGAGCUAGCUCCGCACAAGCCUCUCUCAAAGUUCUUGUGCAUCAAAGGGAUCGUCUUCUUUUGCUUUUGGCAGGGAGUCUUGCUUGACAUAUUAGUAGCUGCCGGGGUCAUAAAGUCACAUCAUUUCUGGUUGGAUGUGGAGCACAUUCAGGAAGCUUUGCAAAACGUGUUGGUGUGUUUGGAAAUGGUUGUGUUUGCGGUUAUCCAACAAUACGCUUACCAUGUUGCCCCUUAUAGUGGCGAUGCGUUUGGGAAGUCACAAAAGGAAAAGAAAGUUGACUGACUCAUGAUGAAACUAAGCUCUUAGUUCAAAAAGCGUUUUAUAUGUUGUAUGUUAUAUUAUCGGAUCCCAAUUAAUUGAGAAAAAUGUUAAAAUGAUGAUGUUAUAUUAUCGGACAAACAUGCAUGAAACCUUUAUAAUUCAUAUGUAUGAUUUAUUAAUGGUUUCCCUCGUUGGCCCC